CGGGGCCUCGAGUGGCCGGAGUUGGCCCAGCUACCAGGGGCUAGAAGCGUCGCAGCCCGACUCCUCACGAGUCCGGGAUGGCGUCCCCACGGGAAUUGACCCAGAACCCCCUAAAGAAGAUCUGGAUGCCGUAUAGCAAUGGGCGGCCCGCCCUGCACGCCUGCCAGCGCGGCGUUUGCAUGACCAACUGCCCGACACUCAUCGUCAUGGUGGGCUUGCCUGCCAGGGGCAAGACCUACAUCUCUAAGAAGUUGACUCGCUACCUGAACUGGAUUGGUGUGCCCACGCGAGAAUUCAACGUCGGCCAGUAUCGCCGGGACAUGGUCAAGACGUACAAAUCUUUUGAGUUUUUCCUUCCAGACAACGAAGAGGGCCUGAAAAUCAGGAAGCAGUGUGCCCUGGCAGCCCUCCGUGAUGUCCGGCGCUUCCUUAGUGAGGAGGGGGGACAUGUGGCGGUUUUUGAUGCAACGAAUACCACCCGGGAACGGAGAGGGACCAUCUUUCAUUUUGGGGAACAGAACGGCUACAAGACCUUUUUCGUUGAAUCCAUCUGCGUGGAUCCUGAGGUCAUAGCCGCUAACAUCGUGCAAGUGAAACUGGGCAGCCCAGACUAUGUCAACCGCGACAGUGACGAGGCCACCGAGGACUUCAUGAAGCGCAUCGAGUGCUAUGAGAACUCGUACGAGUCUCUGGAUGAGGACCUGGACAGGGAUCUGUCCUACAUCAAGAUCAUGGACGUGGGACAGAGCUAUGUGGUGAACCGCGUCGCUGACCACAUCCAGAGUCGCAUCGUUUAUUACCUCAUGAACAUCCAUGUCACUCCCCGCUCCAUCUACCUCUGCCGGCACGGUGAGAGUGAGCUCAACCUCAAGGGCCGGAUCGGAGGGGACCCAGGACUGUCUCCCCGGGGCACGGAGGGGUUAGUCUGGAACAAGCUAGUCCACCAUCGUCUGAAGUGGAAGUCGCCAGUGAGAUCAGAUUUGAAUCUUAGAAAGAUCAUGCCAGCCGGUGUAGAGAAUGCUUUUGUUGGCAUUAGGUCGGGGGAUGAGCUGGAGAAGGGAGACUCAUUAGAGGUGCUUGCGGGCGUCUGUGAGGAAAUGACCUACGAGGAAAUUCAAGAUCAUUAUCCACUGGAGUUUGCCCUGCGAGACCAGGACAAGUACCGGUACCGGUACCCCAAAGGGGAGUCCUACGAGGACCUGGUCCAGCGACUCGAGCCUGUCAUCAUGGAACUGGAGAGGCAAGAGAAUGUGCUCGUCAUCUGCCACCAGGCUGUGAUGCGCUGUCUCCUGGCCUAUUUCCUCGACAAGGCUGCAGAACAGCUGCCCUACCUCAGGUGUCCGCUGCACACAGUCCUGAAGCUGACCCCUGUGGCUUAUGGUUGUAAAUUGGAGUCUAUAUUCCUGAACGUGGAGGCUGUGAAUACUCAUCGGGACAGGCCCCAGAAUGUAGACAUCUCGAGGCCUCCAGAGGAAGCCCUUGUCACGGUCCCUGCCCACCAGUGACGGUGUCUCAUCCACUGCCACUCCCGGGCAGGUGUUGAUCUCUGCAGGCAAGGUCAUUCCAGGCCCCCCCGGUCCAUGUGACAGUCACCAUGCAGGAACACCCUCAAAGCCACGUGUGGCUGGUGGUGCCCAGAACCCCCACCCCCGUCGGCCUGCUUCCUGUUGACAGCGAUGGGGUUGUACCCGGUGCCCAACCUGCUGCUAAAAAUUACUCAGCCAGACUGUGCCUGCUCCGGACCCGUGAGAAGUCUGCCAGCACCUGGCCCUUCUGUUGUCGCUUUGGGCGUUCUCACCGGUCAGGCUGGCUUCGUGAAGUGUGAAACCCUAAAAUGUGAAACGGAAAGCACUUGCUGUGAUGUUCCCACCGUGGCCGAGCUGCCUGGGUGGACCUGGGGGCCCCUGCCGGGGUCCUGCUGUCCAGUCUGUGGCCACUCCCUGAAUCAGAGGCAAGGUCACGGCUCCUGAGCUCUGCUGCCUCUGGUCAGAGGAGCGCCCUUCCCACCCUGCCUGGCCGGGAACUAGAGCUUCUGCCACCGCAGAUGCCUCGCCCGGCCUGACCCCGAAGCCUGGUCUGAGCCACUCAGGAAGGCGGCGUGCUCACUUCGGCAGAAUGCGAUGCGCAGAGGCACGCAGAGAGCACAGCACUCGCGUCCCCCUGCCCAGUCGUGCACACACUGGAGUCCUGGUGGGAGCUGGGGGCCAAAGCCCCCCUUCCCGACUGCUCUCACGGUGAAACCACUCAAAGACAGGGCGGUCGUAUGAGUUAUUACCCGCCCCAGCACCCAGGAGAGAGGCUGCUGUCCCCUCUUCGGCCACCUCCCGCACACUGCUGCUCAUGUCCACACAGGCGUGUACGGCAGGGGCAGUGACAUGCAUUUGUUGUGAAUGAUUCAGAAAAGCUUGUCGUGGUCCUGUAAAGCCUGUCCUGGCAUUCGUUGACCUCCACCUGUGGGGCUGAACAGGGGGAAGGCUGGACCCGGAGGCAGCCUUCUCCAGCAAGGAUGUUCCCAGACACGUCACAGCUUUCGAUUCAGGUGCUUGGGAGCCCGCUGCAAAUGACCUCGGGAAUUCAGUCACCUGUGAUGCCCCGAGUUCGUUUGGGCCCAGAAAGGCAGGCCAGGCAGCAGCUUCCAGCUCCGUUUUAUAGCUUGGCAAACACAUUGGCCAGCAAGUUGGGGCCUGGGUGAGAGAGACUGGAUUUGCAGUCGGAUGCCUGCUGCGCACAGGUGGCCUCGGUGAAGC